AACAAAAUCAUAUGAAAUGUCAUAAUAGACCACAAUUUUUUAUCAGUUGGUAGAAACCAUUGCAGCUGGAGUUCGUCUAAAACAUUUGCCGUGCAGCGUGUUUACUUUUUUAAAAAAAAAGUUUAGAAAAAAAAGAAAGUCGUCAACAUGGAUGUUCGCUUUGAGGAUGCAUAUAUCACCUUUGAUACGGAAACUACAGGAAAAGACCCGAACACCGAUCGCAUCGUACAACUCGCUUUCCUCAAACAAGACAACACUGGAGAGAUUGUCACAAAAACGUUUUAUUUUAAUCCUUGCAUGAAGAGAGAGCUACAGCUAGACGCUUAUAAAAUCCACAAAAUUAGCCCUGACUUUUUGUUGGGGAAAAAGCCUUUUUCCAAGCACGCUGAAGAGAUUCUCAGUUUUCUAGAUGUGAAAUUUUUAGUUGGUCAUAACGUACUGUUCGACUGGAACUUUUUAUACAACGAAUUCAAACGAUUAGGCAAACCGUCACAUGAUGGUCAAGGUUGGUUGGAGAGAUUGAUAUCAAAAAACUUUCUCCUAAUAGACACUUACAAAAUGAGCUUAGCUGCCUACCCUUCGUUAUACAGUUGCCGGUUACAAAACGUGGCAAAACAUUUGAACAUAAAAAUCGAGACAGAAUCCAGGAAGAAGUAUGGUAUAUCGAGUCCGAGUAAGAAACGUUCGAUCGAAAUAAAAACAAAAAAAGACGACACCUCAUUUCACGAUGCAAUGUUUGACACACUGGUAACUAAUGAAGUUUUCACAACAAGUGUAAGCAAAUUAGUCCCCAGGACUCCAAACAAGUUAGUUCCCAGGACACAGAAAACAGAAAAUAUAAGCAUACAUGAUAUACCCAGGCAAUAUACAAUCGCCAUAAGUGAUGUAAUUAUGCUAGACAAAUAUCUCCAAGGUGAUGCAAACACAGAAGAAAUUACCCGGCUAAAAGACAUGGCUCUACACACCAUGUCAACUCUUCCAUCGACACGAAGAAAACUAGUAAAAGAUCUAUCAGUUACAGCCUUGCAAAACGAUGUCAACUUUUUUACGAAGUCCGACGACAUUAACGAUCAACGAAACAAAGCCUUACGAGAACUUGUACUGAAGGAGUUACUAACAGAAAAACUGGAAACCAAAAAUGAGAAAAGAAAAAAUGAAGCACAUGAAACAGUGGAUAAAUACUACCCACAAAAGAAAGCACGACCCAUGGUGUGAUUUGUGGUGACCCAAUGAUUGACCAACCGUUAUGUUGGUCUGUCUCUAUAAUUGGUCUAUCUUUAUGAACGAUCAUUUAUUAUAUCUAUAGUACAAUGACAGCUUUCUUUCUUAUUCUUUUUUUGCAAUUAUUUACCUAUUUAUAUCAGGUACAUGUUUCAGGCCAGUCUUUCUAAAAAUCCAAUAAGGUCUUUAUUAAAAAAACA